GUUUAUAUUUAUGGUCCCUAUUUAAGAACGCCAGGCUCACCCUCUGCGUCACGUGUGUUUUUCCCUUGAUAUAUAUCUGCGGUGUUAUUUGCAACAAAAAGGUGAAGAUUAAUAAAAAAACGUCACUCUUGUAUAAUAACAAUACCAUGUCGAUUAUAGAAGAAGCGUUAGUUGGCAUCCGAACUGUCGUCAGCUAUUGUGGUGAAAAUACUAUAUUGAAAAAGUUCAACUUAUCAGAAAAGCUGUACAGUAAAUACACAUUAAAGGCAAACUUAAUGGAAUCUUUACACAUUGGUAUGAUUAACGGAUUCAUUUUAGCAUCUUACGCUUUUGGUUUUUGGUACGGAACGAGAAUUAUCAUUUCAGAUCUGAGCAACCAGCAACCCAACAAUGACUUCCAUGGAGGCUCUGUCAUCUCCAUCCUUUUAGGAGUACUCAUCAGUAUGUUCAUGUUAACCAUUAUUUUGCCAAACAUAACAGAGUAUAUGAAAUCGUUGGAAGCUACGAACAAUCUGUACGAAAUUAUUAAUAGAAAACCCUUGGUAGAGAAUAACAAUAAUGGGAAGAAAUUAAAAGACAUUAAAAAAAUCCAAUUCAAGAAUGUACGUUUUCAUUAUGAUACUAGAAAGGAUGUCGAAAUUUACAAGGAUCUUAAUUUUACCCUAACGGAAGGAAAAACAUACGCAUUUGUUGGAGAAUCAGGUUGCGGAAAGUCAACUAUCUUGAAGUUAAUAGAAAGGUUAUAUGACCCAACUGAGGGAGAGAUCAUCAUUAACGAUUCGCAUAAUUUGAAAGAUGUAAACCUGAAAUGGUGGAGAUCAAAAAUCGGAGUCGUCAGCCAAGAUCCACUCCUCUUUAGCAAUUCCAUAAAGAACAACAUUAAGUAUAGUUUGUACAGUGUGAAAGAUUUGGAAAAUUUAUCAGAGGAAUUGAACGAAGAAGAUUUCGCUUCUCAAAAUGGUGCUAACAACCGCAACAGAUGCAGAGCCAAAUGUGCUAGCGAUCUAAACGAUAUGAUGAAAACGACUGACUCGACUGAACUCUUACAAGUGAGAAAGAACUACGAUACGAUUGAAGAUUCCGAAGUUGUUAGUGUUUCGAAAAAGGUGCUAAUCCACGAUUUUGUAUCAGCUCUUCCAGAUAAAUACGAAACGCUGGUAGGUUCUAAUGCGUCCAAGUUGUCAGGUGGGCAGAAGCAGAGAAUCUCCAUCGCUAGAGCCAUUAUUAGAAACCCCAAAAUUUUGAUACUCGAUGAAGCUACGUCAUCCUUGGACAACAAAUCGGAGUACCUAGUGCAGAAAACGAUAAAUAAUUUGAAAGGAAAUGAAAACAGAAUUACGAUUAUUAUUGCUCACAGAUUGAGUACCAUCAGAUAUGCAAACACCAUUUUUGUUUUGUCCAAUCGAGAAAACGGAAAUAGUUCCACCAUAGAUGUAGAUAUACUUGGUGAGGACCCAACCAAGGACAACAUCGAAAAUAAUGAGGAGAAUAUAAAAAAAGAUGACACAAACCAAAACAAAAAAAUUAAUAAUGCAGGAAGUUACAUCAUCGAGCAGGGAACACAUGAUUCGCUGAUGAAGAAUAAAAACGGAAUUUACUACACCAUGAUUAAUAAUCAAAAGGUAUCGUCCAAAAGUUCUAGUAAUAACGAUAAUGACAAAGACUCAGAUAUGAAGAGUAGUAUUUAUAAGGACUCCGAACCAGGUUACGACCCAGACGAAAUGAACGGCAACACAAAAAAUGGAAAUGAUGAUGCAUCUGCCAAAAAGAGUAAGAACAUGAGUGAUGCGAAAGAGAGUAACACAAAUGCUGGAGGAAGAUUAUCCUUUUUGAGAAACCUGUUUAAGAGGAAACCCAAAGCACCAAACAACCUCCGCGUUGUCUACAGAGAAAUAUUUUCUUACAGAAAAGACAUAGCCAUUAUAGCCCUGAGCAUUAUGGUCGCUGGAGGCUUGUACCCUCUGUUUGCGCUCCUGUAUGCUAAGUACGUAUCCACUCUGUUCGAUUUCGCAAACUUGGAGGAGAACUCGAAUAAGUACUCCCUGUACAUCUUAGUGAUUGCAAUUGCCAUGUUCAUUUCGGAGACUUUGAAAAAUUAUUACAACAAUGUGAUAGGAGAGAAGGUGGAGAAAACGAUGAAACUUCGACUAUUCGAAAAUAUUUUGUACCAAGAAAUUAGCUUCUUUGAUCAGGACAGUCAUGCCCCUGGAUUGCUGUCAGCACACAUAAACAGAGAUGUUCAUUUAUUGAAAACUGGUUUAGUAAAUAACAUCGUCAUUUUUACGCACUUUAUCGUCCUCUUCAUCGUUAGUAUGAUUUUGUCGUUUUAUUUCUGUCCCAUCGUGGCAGCUGUGCUGACCGGAACAUACUUCAUUUUUAUGAGAGUGUUUGCCAUUAGAGCAAGAAUGGCAGCCAACAAGGAUGUAGAGAAGAAGCGAGUCAACCAAGCAGACACAGUGUUUUUGUACAACAAUGAUGAUGAAAUAUUUAAAGAUCCAAGUUUCUUAAUUCAGGAGGCAUUUUACAAUAUGAACACGGUUAUUAUUUACGGCCUGGAGGAUUACUUCUGUACGCUCAUUGAGAAGGCUAUUGAUUAUUCCAACAAAGGACAAAAGAGAAAAACGCUAAUCAAUUCUAUGUUGUGGGGGUUCAGUCAAAGUGCUCAGCUUUUCAUUAACAGUUUUGCUUACUGGUUUGGUUCCUUCCUAAUUAGAAGAGGUACAAUAGAGGUGGAUGAUUUUAUGAAAUCUUUGUUUACCUUUUUGUUCACCGGUAGUUAUGCCGGAAAGUUGAUGUCACUAAAGGGAGACUCAGAAAAUGCAAAGUUAUCCUUCGAAAAGUACUACCCAUUGAUUACGAGAAGAUCUAAUAUCGACGUACGAGAUAAUGGAGGUAUUAAAAUUAAGAACAGUAAUGACAUAGAGGGAAAAAUCGAAAUCAUGGAUGUCAAUUUUAGAUACCUGUCCAGACCCAACGUCCCCAUUUACAAAGACUUGACUUUCUCCUGUGACAGUAAAAAAACCACAGCUAUUGUUGGAGAAACAGGUAGUGGAAAAUCUACUGUAAUGAGUCUACUGAUGCGAUUCUACGACUUGAAAAAUGACCACCAUAUUGUUUUUAAAAAUGAACAGAUUGAUGAGAUUAACAAGGAAGAAAAGCAGCAGGGAGAUGAGGAACAAAAUGUGGGAAUGAAAAAUGUAAACGAAUUCAAUUCAGCAAAGGAAAAUGCAGAUGGACAAAACAGUGCCGUUUUUAAGAACAGUGGAAAAAUCCUACUGGAUGGGGUCGACAUCUGUGAUUACAACUUAAAGGAUUUGAGAAAUCUAUUCUCCAUUGUUAGCCAAGAACCCAUGCUCUUUAAUAUGUCCAUUUAUGAAAACAUCAAAUUCGGUAAAGAUGACGCCACCAGAGAGGAUGUCAAACGUGCUUGUAAAUUUGCUGCAAUUGACGAGUUUAUUGAAUCGUUACCGAACAAGUAUGACACGAACGUGGGACCCUAUGGAAAAAGUUUAUCAGGUGGACAGAAACAGAGAAUUGCCAUUGCUAGGGCGUUGUUGAGAGAACCCAAAAUUUUGUUGUUAGAUGAAGCUACGUCGUCUCUGGACUCCAAUUCUGAGAAACUGAUUGAGAAGACCAUCGUUGACAUUAAGGACAAGGCGGACAGGACGAUUAUUACCAUUGCGCACAGAAUUGCGUCCAUUAAGAGAUCCGACAAAAUUGUCGUUUUUAACAACCCAGAUCGAACAGGCUCCUUUGUACAGGCCCAGGGAACGCACGAGGAGCUCCUCUCCGUGCAGGACGGCAUCUAUAAGAAGUACGUCAAGUUGGCCAAGUAG